CGACUUUGUGAAUGACUCAAACUGUGGUCUGUAUUAUUAUUCGUCUAUUCAUUGUAAUGAUGGGAUAAAUAGGCAGUGAUUGUUUUGGAUAUUAUUCUGUGAUGUCUUCAGAAAAAGUAAUGGAUGCUGACAGCCGCAUGGAGUCAAGUAAAACCAACUUGCGACAUGAGGGAAAAGACAAAGUUGGUCGCAUCAAGAAAUUGAAAAGAAGAAUUUCAGCAAGUUUUGGACGUCUAUCCAUAUCUAAAGAAGAUACCAUUCAUGAAAGUGAUCAGGAGUCUGAUUCUGGUCAUAUAGUGAAUGGUUUUACCUCUAAUGAUGAACUGUCCCCUGCCCAUGUUCCUCCCAACAAUAUAAAUGGAGGCCAUCUAGUCUUUAAUGGCAGUAAGUCAUGGCAUGAAUCCAGCGUUAACAAAAGUCAAUCAAAGCCUUCUGUGAUAUCUAGAAUUUCAGCGAAACAACAUCAUUCACCAGUGAAACGCCAUCAUUCAGCAGGUGAUAUGUUGGCCGUUGAUCCACCCAGUAGUAAAAUACCAGAACCAGAAAACCGAUUUUCAGAACGUCCCAAAUCUGAAGGUCAUGUUUAUAGUCGUCAUAUGUUAUCUAAGCGAUCUUCCAGUUAUGGGGGACAUUCACCAUUUGGAAGGGCAGAUUCUUAUCAUAAGUUAGGACAACUAGGAGAGGGAUCUUAUGCUACCGUAUUUAAAGGUCUUAGCAGUACGACAAAUCAAACAGUUGCCUUGAAGGAAAUCCGUUUACAAGAAGAGGAAGGAGCUCCAUUUACAGCCAUUAGAGAAGCAUCUUUAUUAAAGGGUUUACGUCAUGCAAAUAUAGUGACACUACAUGAUAUUAUCCAUACCAAGGAAACUUUAACCUUUGUGUUUGAAUAUGUAGAUACAGAUUUAAGUCAGUAUUUAGAGAAACACUCUGGAGGUCUUAAUGCCUUCAAUGUUAAGUUAUUUUUGUAUCAGUUAUUACGAGGUUUGGCCUACUGUCAUUACAGGCGUAUAUUACAUAGGGAUCUCAAGCCUCAAAAUUUAUUAAUAAGUGAAAGAGGGGAAUUAAAGCUAGCAGAUUUUGGAUUAGCUAGAGCGAAGUCUAUACCUAGUCGUACAUAUUCACAUGAAGUUGUUACGUUAUGGUAUCGUCCACCAGAUGUAUUAUUAGGUUCAACAGAUUAUUCCACUUCUCUAGAUAUGUGGGGCGUAGGAUGUAUAUUUACUGAAAUGAUAUCUGGUUUAGCAACAUUCCCUGGCAUGAAAGAUGCAUAUGAUCAGUUAGAUAAGAUAUUUAAGGUUUUAGGUACACCAAGAGAGAAAACAUGGGAAGGUGUAUCAAAGUUUCCUCAUUAUGAUAAAACAAAGUUUGGCCUGUAUCAUCCACAGCCUUUAUGUAAUAUAGUCCCUAAAUUAAAAUUCAUUCCACAUUCAGAUAACUUGGCAAUAAGAUUUUUACAGAUGGAUCCCUCCAAAAGAAUUUCAGCAAAAGCAGCAAUGAAAAAUGAAUAUUUUCGAGACCUUCCUCCUAAGAUUCAAGAAUUGGCAGACAUUGCUUCAAUAUUUGACAUUCCUGGUUUAAUGUUACUGCCGGAAAUGGAUGAACUGGUAUCAUCACGGCGGCCAAAUGGUAGGAGUGGAAUACGUACAACGCUCAAAGUCUAGUCCCGAGUUGCAUUCAGUAGAUAAGAUGCCUUAUUUAAGGUGAUAUAUUAUGUGUCUGGAAAACCUUGAAGUCCUAAAGAAUAACCUGCUGUCAAUGACUAUCUUUAUUUUUGAGACAUAGCUAUAUCAUGUUGUUAAGCUCUGAUUGACUUUUAUUGUAGCUAUAUAAGUACUUUCUCAAACAUUUUUAUUAUAAAUAAUAUGACAUAUAUUUUGCUUUUACAAUAAAACUAGUUACAUUUUCUUACACGUUUACGUCAAAUUUCAAAGUAACAGUCUCACAUUUCAAGUGUGCUCAAGAUACCCUAACAAAAUGAAACAAAAUCGACUAUUUACCAUGUUUUAAAGUUUCAAAUUAAAUAGCUGACUGGAUAUGCAACUCAUAUAGCUUGGGUAGAAUUUAGAAACUUAUUACAUGUACUAACUCCUCUACACAUGGGAGCUUCAGAUAGAUCAGGAUAACAGUUUUGAAUUGACUUUCACACAUAAUUAACCUAUUUCAUUGCCUAAAAUAUAUUUGAAACUCCCCCUUUAGUAUUUGUUGUUCUUUAUUUGUGAUAUUUUAAAUGGAAGUCUUUUUAUAUCUAAUAUAUUCAACACAACUUGUAGAUGCUGAAAGUGUCUUUUGUUAUUGUUCAGAUAAUUAUUAUUAUUUAUUCUUUUGGUUUUGCUAGCUUUGGUUUUCUUUUGAAAUAUAUUUUACUAAAACCAAUAAAUCCUGUGAAAUUAUUUGAUUUGUCUUUUGAAAUAUAUUUUACUAAAGCCAAAAAAUCUUGUAAAAUUAUUUAGUUUGUCUUUAGAAAUAUAUUUACUAAAACCCAAAAGUCCUGCCAAAAUGAUUAAUUGUGGGAUAUUUACAUGGAGGAGAGCCUUUUUUUUUUAUCACAAUUACGAUCCUGGAAAAUAUCGAUGAAAAGGUUUAUAAAUCAUGACAAGCUACUUAAUUCAAGAUGAUCCUAGAAUAGACCAAGGAAUAUAAUUUACUGUAAUAAUUAAAUGCACAAUCUGUUUUAUAAGCUAGUCUUUUAAUACCAAAGUCAAUUAUGUAUUAUGUUCCUAAUUUAUUUAAUUACACCAUUCUAAAAUAUACAACUAAUUGCCAUCGAAAGCUUAGCUUGCCAUUAAUAACUUGUAUUAAAUUUAAUGCUAGUCAAUGUACCCAAAAUUAUAUAUGUAGUCAUUUGGGCUGGUAGGCAUGUAUUGCAAAUCUGUCAGCAAUUUCAACUACAAUGCAUUUACCUUUGAUCUGCAUAUCUCUUUAAAAAUGAAUCUUAAGUUUUACUGUACAUUUUAAAAAAUAUAUUUUCUAUGCUUCUUUAUAGAGAAAUCUCAUAGAAGGAUGUGACUACACAUUGUAUAUGAUACCAGGAUUUAUUGUCUCAAUUUAUUCAUGUAUAUAUUAUAUGUAACCAUGUAUAUAUUAAACCAUAUGAACCAUAAAUUAAUGUAAUUAAGAGGAUUUUUGUUGAAAUCAAUUAGACCUCUUUAAAUUUGCUUGAAAUUAAAUGUUAUAUAGCUGUGAAAUAAUUAUUAAUUUUAAGCAUAUUUUAUUGGUCAAUUGAAAGGAAUAACACAUUUAAGUAAUAACACACGCCUGUAUGAGGUGAAAUUUAAUAAUUUUACCAUUCUGCUAAAAUUAUUGCUUCAUUUAUUUUAUGAUUAUUGGUAAAUAAAGUGCUAUAAAAAAAUUAUCUGUGUAAUAUUUUAGAUUUAUUUUUAUACGCCCACAUUUUUAUGUAGACGUAUAUUGUCGUUGCUCCUGUUCAGACGUCUGUCCACAAUUUGCUUGUGGAAACUCUACAGGUCUAUCUCCCAACGAUCUCAGUUCCUUUCGAAAUUGGCAUGUAUCAGAUCGUAACUUCAUGGAUUAUGGCCCAAGUUUGUACCCAAAAAAAAUCACAUUUUUAGCUUGUGGACUUGCUAGAGGUCACAAUUUUCAUCCGAUUUUGAUAAAACUUGAAAAGUAUGUUUAUAACCCAAAGAUCUGUGUUCCUUUCGAUAUUUGCGCAUAUCGGAUUGUAACUUCCUGGAGUAUGGCCCCUGAAUGUACUAAAAAAUAACUAUUUUAGCUUGAAACCCUCAAGAGGUAACUUCCUGUACCAAAAGUUGCUUCUUUUUUUGAGCUUGUUCUUUAUCCAUCUCUUGCAAAAAGUGGGCAUAUCUUGCCUGGCAACCACUGGUGGUUGAUGUAUUAUUUGUUUACACUUCUUAUAAAUAGGAACAAUUCAUUGUUAUUAGGUGGUGUAGUCUGAUUAAGUAUAAACCCAAUUGCAGUACAGGAUUCUUUAACAAAGAUAAAUAUUAAAGGGUUAUGUGUACCAAUAUUCAAAUGCUUUAUUGCAUUGAUUAUCAAUAUGAUGUGUUGUGAAAGAUAAUGUAACCUUUAAUACAUUUUAGUAAAUUUAUCUUGAAAUUCUGCAUUGAAAUUAUAAGUUAGAUUAGGUAAUGGUAUACAUGUAACUGUUUCUUUUUAGCAUUAUAAUGGAAUCAUUUAUGAAAAGCAUUAUUAAAUCAUUAUUAAUUACAGAUCAUCAAUUAGCACUUUAAAUAUUUUUUUGUAAAUUGUAAUCAUUAAUUAGAACUUAAAAUUAUUGAUGAUUAUAUGAUGCAUGGAUACAGGAAAAUUUUGAUGAUGGGGACCAACUGAAAACGGUCAAAUUUAUUGUCCAGCUGGCAAGUGCAGCAAGGCUAAAGUAAACUUGUAUUUUACCACUAUAACAGAGCCUCGUCUAAGGAUUUGGCCCUAUGCUGAGGCCCCUCCCAGUCACUCACCCUCACCACUAGAGGAAGAUAUAAUCAGUACUUUAUUUUUACCUGAAUCAAUGAGGCUUAGCUCAAGGCUAGCUACUUCACUGCUUAUCAUAUGAGUCAUGCCUGUCAUUAUUAAACCAGUAUGUAUGAAUGAAUGAUGUAGAUAUUUUAUGAAAGAUGUAAAUUCUAGAAAUCAGUUAGAAAUAAGCUUUUCAGUUCAUGUAAAUUUUGAUUUUUUUUAUGUUUGCUAGCUAAAUAAAGAGUCUGUUUAA